AUGACACCUACAGAAGCUAGUCAAAAGAAGAAUGCAGGAAUUGUGUAUUUUCUCUAUGGUGAUAUGGAACAAUCAUCAUCAAAACCAAAGUUCAAAGUUGGUGAUAAAGUCAGAAUAAGUAAGUACAAGAGAAAAGUGUUUGACAACGGAUAUACCCCAAAUUGGACUGAAGAAGUAUUUACAAUUGAUAAGAUCCAAUAUACGAAUCCAGUCACUUACAAAUUAAAAGAUCUCAAUAAUGAAGAGAUACAAGGCAGUUUUUAUGAACCUGAGUUGUUAAAAGCCAGACAGGAUAUAUUCAGAAUUGAAAAAAUCAUCAGGAAAGAUCAUAAGGAAAAGCAAGCUUUCGUUAAGUGGAAGGGAUACAAUGAUGACUCCAACAGUUGGAUACCUUUGACAGAUUUGAAAAAUAUAUAG